GGCGCCACCCUGCGCGUUGCCAGGCGGCGGGGGCGUGGGUGGGGCCGGCCCCGCGCAGCCCCGCCACUCGCCAUGGGGCUGCAGCCCCACUCUCUGCAGCCUCCAGGGGGAGGGCUCGGCCCCCAGCCGCUCCCCACGCCGCCCCGGUUAAAUGCGGCGCCCGCCGCUCUGCCUCCUCUCAGUCCCGAGCCAGCGGCCAGAGCGCAACCGGCACCGCCAAGCAGCGGCCUCCCUUCUCUGCGCCCCGCCCCGCCUCGCCGCCUUUACCUGCCCCAGGACCAGGGAGGCAUCGUCCGGCUGCCGCUCUCCUCGGCGUCGCGUGGCUGCCCCUCUUCGCCUUCCAGACGGCCGAGGUGAGUGAGGGGCUCCGGGGAGAGCCGGGCACCUGAGGGCGAGAGAGCGCGGGGCUGAGGGAGCGCAUGGCACCAGGACUCAUGACCUCCCCCCUCCCCACGGGCAAGGGGGCAGGCUGGGUACCCUGCUGAUAACGGGGCGCAGGGGGCAGGGCGCUGAGGAGGCGAGCCCCCUCAACCCUGAAAGUUUUUUCUUCCUCAUCCCCCUAGAAACUGUUUUCCCGCCACUCCCUUAGCAAAAGGCAAAGCGAAGCUGAGCAUCUCCUCUGCUUGUUGCAUAUAGCAGUAGGUAAAAGGUAAAGGACCCCUGGAUGGUUAAGUCCAGUCAAAGGCGACUAUGGGGUGCGGCGCUCAUUUCGCUUUUCAGGCCAGAGUUUGUCCACAGUCAGCUUUCUGGGCCAUGUGGCCAGCAUGACUAAACCGCUUCUGGCGCAACGGAAAUGCCGUUUACCUUCCCGCCGCAGCGGUACCUAUUUAUCUACUUGCGCCGGUGUGCUUUCGAACUGCUAGGUUGGCAGAAGCUGGGUUUGAAACCCUGACCUUCUGAUCAAGUGCAGCUGGAAGACUGGAGGGAGUGGGGAGAUACGUGUGCGUGCCAAAGUGGGGGUCCAGAAGCCAUGCGGGGUUUCCACAUAAUAUUUAUUAAUUGUAUUUCUAUGCCACCUUUUCUCCCAAGGAGCUCAAGGUGGUGUACAUGAUUCUUCUCCCCAUUUUAUCCUCAUAGCAACCCUGUGAGGUAGGUUAGGCUGAGAGACGGUGAUUGGCCCAAGGUCAUGUUAAUGUGUAGGAAGGGGGGGUGUCAGACAGACAGACAGAAAAGUUUUUGGAAAGAACACGAGGGAUCGUCUCUCCCCCUAUCCCAGGCACUCUACUUUUCCUUGACUUAAAUACCAUAAUGGGAUAUAGAUAAACACCCAAGCCUUUUGUUGUUGUUGUUUAGUCGUUUAGUCGUGUCCGACUCUUCGUGACGCCAUGGACCAGAGCACGCCAGGCACUCCUGUCUUCCACUGCCUCCCGCAGUUUGGUCAGACUCAUGUUUGUGGCUUCGAACCCAAGCCUUUUAAACCUCCAUAAAAAGAGAUUGCACACCUUUUCUGAGCAGGUGUUUCCCUCCUUAUCCAAUUCCAUGCAGCUUCAUCCCAGUUGCUCCUCAGUUGUUUUUGUUUAUCUUUUGGGGAAAUUUCUGCUCCUUUAUUCAUAAAAUCUAUCCCAUCUUCUUGGGUAAAAGAUCAGAAUUGCAGAGUUCUUGUAAUGAGUUCCUGCCUUUCAUAUCCUUUUAUAAAUAAUAAUAAUAAUAAUAAUAAUAAUAAUAGCAGUGUGUGUGUUGGGGGGUGGGGUAUGGUUUUUGUUUGUUAGUAUGGCAUCCCUUUUCAUGCUUUUAUAUCGUAAACCGCCCUGUGAUCUUUGGAUGAAGGGCGGUGCAGAAAUUCAAUUCAUUAAAUAUUUAUAAUACCCAGAAAUCCGUAGCUCCAUUCUGAGUUUUUGUAUAGGGCAAUGUUUGCCAGGAAACGGAUGGCAGUAUUGGGAUAGAAGAGCCUACUGCCCUCUUAUUAUGCCAUCCUCUCACUCCCUGUUCUCACCUAUCUACUAAUUCAUGUGAGACUCUUAAUCUUAGGAUCGUGGGUUUGAGUGGCAUUGGGCAAAAGAUUCCUGCAAUGCAGGGGGUUGGACUAGAUGACCCUUGUGGUCCCUUCCAAUGCUAUGCUAUGAUCUGCUCAGAGGAGCAAGCCUAGAGCCAGGUAUGCUGCUCACUGCUAUGAAUAAGAAUGGGGUCAGCUGGCUGGUCCAUCUAGCCUAGUAUGCUGUACUUGAAGGCUUUUCUAAAUCUACCUGGAGAUGCCAGAAACUGAACCUGGGACUUUUUAUAUGCAAAGCAUGUGCAUACAUCACUCAGCUACAGCCUUGCAAUAAAGCAUAGAGAUCCUGCCAAUAAAUAAAGCUCCCUUUGACCACUCCUGUUCCUCACAAAGCACCAGGGGAUUGGUUCCUAAGAACUGUGGCUCCUUACAGAGCACAGACUUCCCUUCCCUUCUUCUAAGCUCCCUCUGGCCUUGGACAGUUCAGAUCUUCAAGCAACAUCCCAAGGGUUGUUGGGGGUAGAUUUGGAAAUGCAGGUGCUUGGCUCAGGGAUGCUUCAUGAAUGGUGAUUUUCUUGCACAGGUAUGACGCCUGAAUAGGAAAUGUGUGCCCCAUCACAUGCCAUGAACGCACACACGCCUUCUGUAAAAUACAUAAAUGCAUACCUGUGCAUUGCACACAGUGGUGCACAUGCAAUGUACAAACUUUCCCACAGAAAUGGUAACUGUAUAAAAAAGCAUUAAGAUUUUUGAGCCACCUUCGUUUUCUCCAGCCAUUUUUCCUGUUGCAAUCUGGAAAGUUUUCCUUAUCACCCCAGGCCCAGUGGUGCUGGUGAGGAAUUUCCUAACAUCUCCUUGUUAGAGUUUAAGUAAGAAAUGGUACCUACUUCUUAGUAUGGUCCUGAUUAUCUAGAGCUGCUUACAGUAGAGGUUAGCAAUCUGCUCUUAAUCUUGAAGGUAACCGAACUUGUCUGGGACCUUGAAUGCUUUUUCCAGCUGUUAACUCCGUAGCGUUGCCCCACACAUGACUGUUAAGACUGAUACAUGCUUCACUGCAGUGCUCUGAGCAUGACAAGAUCUGUCCAAGGCUAUCAUGUCUUUUUCCAUGCCUGGCUGUUUAGCUUUUACAUCUGCUCUGCAUUGGCUGAAAUUGUACCUGCAAUCAAGGUACACUACACGUGGUAGGCAAGUUUGCACAGGCAGUCACUUGCUGCCCAGGUAUGUGAGCAGGCGAAAUCAAUUCAGCAGCUGUGAGUAGGGGAUUGUUUGCUGCAUCCGGCUCAUAUGUCACUGCAGUUUCUUGUUCUUAUGUGUAGCAUUGUGACCAAAGCAGUUGUUGAUAGGGGACCAUGUGCCCUACACUAUUUAUUUCCUCUGUAGCAGAUACAGUAUUUUAUAUUUAGCUGUGGAAUCAGCCAAGAAUGACUAGGGCUGCAAUCCAAUGCACACAUGACUUCUGAGAAGACAUGUACAGGAUUGUGUAGUAUGGCUCCUACCCUGUUACACAAAACAUGCCAGUUCAUAAUGUGGGGUUUAACUAAUCAAUUAUUGCAGUAACCCAAACCCAGGAUAAGUUAAUUGUGUUUUAGACCCAUUGGAAUUGAUGGGACAGAACUUUUACAAUUGCAAAUUAGUUUAUUGCAAUGGGAUUUAAGCACAACUAACCUCUGGAUUUGGGCCAAUAAAUCUGCAUACAUUUGCAUAUGUAUAAACAGUUCUGAAAAUGGGGUAUUCAGUUGCAUUCUGUUGUAUGGGGGGGACGAAGGGUUGUAUCUUCUAAUAUACCUACCUAGACGAUACCUAGCACCUGUGACUUUUGUAUGUACUUAUAUUUAAAAUCGUAUUAUUCCUUUUAAUAGGCUCACCAUUGUAAAAAUUGCUUAUUAAUAACCAAUCAAUCAAGUAAUGGAGUGUUGCUAUUUACACUUGAACACAGUGGGAUUUCCUUACAAGUCAGUGUGCAGCGUCCAAGACUAUAAAUGUUGCAGACCUGAAACAUUUUGACGAGGUUAGGACCUAUAAAAGAAUUCUCUGUAAUUGGGGAAACUUGUUCCUGGAAGUAAACCGUUGCAUGUAUAAUGGCAGCACAGAAAGAGCUCCUAUGUAAGAGGCAGAAGCAUGUUCUAUAGGGGCCUUGCUUACCAGAAAAAGUCUAGUGGUUUUAGUGCCGAGAAGGCAGACAGGAAAGGCAUGGCUCCAUAUUGCUGGAGUCAAUGGGACUUUUGUCCCAUAAACCCGGUGGUUAAAAGCAGCACAAUAAAUUAUCCUUCGAAAAACCUUGCCGGCAUCUCACACCGGAAUCGCCAAACCUCCAAGAAUGAAAUCUUGUAAAAGCCAGGGGAAUAAGCUGCCUUGAGGAUGGUGUUUAGGACCUGGCAGGAAAGAAAACUUUUCUGAAGCGAAUCUUUAUGGUUCGCUUGCAGAGCUCAGCUUUGGUAUUUGCCUCUCAGAGGGUGGCUCUGUACAGUAAGUGGAUUUGCUUCGGAGAUGGAAUUGGCCCCGCAUGAAAUAUGAAUUCCUGUCUGGAAUGCGGGCAGGAGAGUUUGGUGUUUCGUUCCCCCUCCCCCCAAAAAAAGUAAAAUGACACUAUCUACCUAAACUAAUAGGCUUUUACUGAAGCCAUCUGGAAGAACUGUUGUUCAAAUCUUUAAAACCAAAAAAAAGGAAGAAAAAAGAAAGAUAUCUUUCCCUCCUUUACAAAUUAUUAUUAUUUCAUCAGACGCCAUUUGGUGAGAGAGUCUUUUCUUUUCUUUUGGAUUCCUUUUUCAGCAGACAAUGGUAUUUCUUUAAAAUAGAAUUCUGUGUGAAUUUGUCCUUCGGUUGUUCAGAACUCAAUACGUCUCCUGAGGUUUCCUGCCAGGCUUCUCAAGCAAAGCUUAAAACAUUCCUCAGUGUCUCCAACAGGGGCCCUUUGCUAAAAUUUCCUAGGUAUGCAUCUAACCUCAUUUUGAGAGGUGGGAGGGGGGUUGCUCUGCUCUCAAGUGUGUGGCUGCAAUAUCUGAAGAAAGUAGCUGGCAUAGAUGAGUUAUAGUCUGCCGCUGCUGGGAGAACAAAUAAGAGAUACUUGAUCUGCUAAGUGCUUAGACUGGAGUGCUCUGAUUUAGGGUGAGUUAAUGGUGCAAAGCUUAUGUAUAUUGACUUGGGAAUAAGUCUCAUCAUAUUUGGUGGUUCUUAAUCCCAGGUAAGUGCACAUAGAAUAGCAGGCUUCUGUUCCAUCUUUUAAAUGCCCAUGGCACAGUCUGGCUUGGAAUAAGACAACUUCCUAUUGUUAUGUAGUGAAGUUCUCACCCUGGGCCAGCAGGGGGAUACUGUAGAUAGUUAUGCAAAUGAAGGAUCGAAAGUGACGUUCAGUGAUUGGAUAGUUUUAGAAAGUUGUUACAGUAACAAGGUACUGGAGCUCUAUAUAAGCAGGCUGACUGAGCCCUUCAGCUCAGUUCAGUUCAGUUCAGAAGAGCUGUUUGAAGAAUCGCUGUGUCGUCUGAUAUGUUCGCCCACAGCUUAACACCUAUGACCCUCUUCUUUGCCUCUGUCCCACUGCUGGCAUUCCAAGACCUAUUGCAAAAGUGGGUGGCAUACGCCUCUCUCCAACUUCCAUCUAGAUAAGCAAGAGGGAUAACCACUUUUCAAGCACGCGUUGCAGUUAGGCAAAAGCACUCAAAGUGGGUGCAGAACAAGGCUGGGAAAUGGGGAGCUGUCUUAUACUGAGUCCGACCAGUGAUAGCAAUCCCCCAGGCAUGGUUUGCAACUGGCACAGGUCCAGUUGCAACCACAUGGAGAUAUCUGGGUGCCAGGUUGUCAACUGACAUCUCUACCUGGCUGGCCCCUCCAGCUUUCUUAAGCAGGUAAGAAGAAGAGCUUAGUCACUGCAUUUAUACUCCAUCUUUUCCUCCAAGGAGUACAUGGUUUGCACCCCCCACCCACCCAAGUUAAUCCCUACAGCGACCCUGUUAGGUAGGUUAAGAGACUGUGACUGGCCCAAGGUCACCCAGUGAGCUUCAUGAUGGAUGGAGAGUUGGACCCUCAUCUCCCAGCCCUAGUCCAACACUCUAGCCCAGGCAUAGGCAAAUAGCUAACAGGACCAGUGGUCAGGGAUGAUGGGAGUUGUAGUCCCAAAACAUCUGGAGGGCUGAGUUUGCCUAUGCCUGCUCUAGCCACUAUGCCACACUGGUUUCCUAGAGUGCUUCUGCUGUAUAAAUUAACUAGGCAACUAAAUAUGGGAAAAGCAAACUAUCACUUAGAGAAGGAUCUGAAAUAGUUUACUUGAAGCUUGAAUGUGUUUUAUUCUGGUUUGUUUUAUUUGAUGUUUUAAUGUGCUGUAAACCGCUUUGAGAUUUUCUUAUUUAAAAUAUAAAGUGGUAAGGAAAUGAUGAUGAUAAUGAUGAUAGUAGUAAUAAUAAUAAUAAUAAUAUAGUGGAACCUCGGGUUGCGAACGUGAUCCAUGAGGGAGGCACGUUUGCAACCCACAGCACUGCAUCUGCGCACACGCGGGUCACGAUUCGGCGCUUCUGCACAUGCGCAAAGCAUGAUUUAGUGCUUCUGCGCAUGUGCGAGCGCCGAAACCCAGAAGUAACCCGUUCCGGUACUUCCAGGAUCAGCGCGGUGCGCAACCCAAAAUCGCGUAACCUGAAGCACCUGUAACCCGAGGUACCACUGUAACCGUAAUAAUAAAUUUCACUGCAAACAAAAGAUGCCUAGACAUUCUGUUGUGGUGACUGUAACCUUGGUUUAAGGUUCCAUUUGGUGAUUAGCUCAUAUAUCUAAGCUUCUAACACUGAGUGAGGCUACAAGUCAGUCUGGCUCAGUUUUGUUUGCACUGGCUGGCAGCGGCUCUCCAGGGUUUUUAGACAAGGCUCUCUUUCAGCCCUGCCUGGAGAUGAUGGGAAUUGAACCCGGUGACUCCUGCGUGUAAAGCAGGAUGCUGUACCACUGAGCUACAGCCCUACUGCGAAGAAACAGUUGUUCAUAAGUGGUUUACAAAGAUACCAUACCAAAAAUAAGAAUGUGCCUUGUUUCCACAAACCAUAGUUGAGAUUCACCACAGUUUGUUUGUUUAAAAAGCAUUCGUAGAUUGCUCAAUAUUUCAAAAAUCUCACGGAUCAGACCUUAAAACUUCCCUGUAGCUAAUUAAAAUGAAUGGAAGCUUCCAAUCUCCUUAUGGUUGUACAGGAAGAGUGGAGUAGGGGUGGGGGUGGGAAUCAUACAAGCGUAAGGCUUUUCUGUGCUUCUCCCUAUAAUGCCAAACCAUGGUUUAAUGUGAAGUGUGAACAAUGCCAGUAUUUAGGUUCCAGUUGCUCUGCAUUGAUUCUCCCUUCCUGAACUACUAUGCCUUAGGUUUCCGCCUUGCAAGGUUUCUGCCUGUGGGUCUGCUUUACAUCUCUGCUCUAGAACCCCUGGUGUUUUGUGUUGCAGAGGAUUAUGUAGGCAUAUUCUGGCAAGGGCAUACUCUUAGGAGAGGCACUUGUAAAGCUUGGUGGCCCUCACUGACAUCAUUUACCCAUAAUGCUAAACGUUCUGAUUAACUGAGAGAUUGCCUGUGACAGCUUUGCUCCUAUUCCUCUGAUCUUGCUGCUGCCACACUGCUAUGAGCUAAACCAUGGUUUGGAUUAGCAUUGUGUCUGAAUUCAAACUCGUGCUUUGUCUUCCCCAGACAAACUGUGAGAUGAAAACCAAGAACAGACCUUGUUUACAGGUCAUGAUUUAUCUGGAGAAAGGCAGUCCGUGAGCCCAAUACCCUCCUGCAGUUGUACAUUGCAGGGGAAGAACAUUGGUAAUGGUUUUCAGGAAAGUUGUAUCUGCUAUGUGUUAUCAUCUCACUGAGGAACUCUCCCCAAUCCCUGGAUGAGCUUUUGUGGAAACAUAGGGUUCCCCCAGAUAUAGAUCUAUAAUUAUUGUAGAGCAAUUAAGUUUUCCCUGCUUCUCCCUCAGCCUUCUUCCAGCUUCCUCCAGACAGAAGGAGCUUUGACUAUGUGGGUUCAAUCCACUGAAUGUCUGUCACCAGAUUUGGAUCAGGGACUUCAUAAAGGUUUCAUUCAGAGGCUUGCCCCUACGACUCGCCCUUCACACUUCUAUGUUACCCGCUUGUGAGGUGGAAGAAUUAGUCUUCUGUGGGUUUUUGCAACACAGACAUAGCUUUAAGUAUCAUAUAACAUUUUAUAUUUUAAAAGCGGUUGGAAGUCGUCUCCCCACUCCCCGCCUUCAUGCAUCUUGGCAAAAUGGGCAGAUUGUUUUGAAAUAGCCUUGUUAAAACAGGGCUUGGAAUAGAAAUGGGUUUAGGAGGUGUUACAUAUAUACCAAGAGCUUCAUGCCCCCGCCCUUUCUUUCAGCAAGUGAACAUGGCACAACAGUUAUUCUAAGAACAGAAUUGCAUGCUACCUGGCUGCUUCCAGACCUGCUUUUGCCAAGAUAAUGCACAAGUCAGGAGGUAGAUUUGCAGGGGAGAAAUGCCACGGAACCUUCCCUCCAACCCCAGUCUCAUUUCCCUCCUAGGUUGUUUUCCUAGGGGACGUUGGAAGGGAAGAAUCGGUGGGCAAGAAGAGCAUUAAGUACUCCCUCCCAAAAUUAGAUUCUCCUGGGGCCAGCCCCAGCCCUACUAUUAGGCAAAGCAAGGCGGCUGCCUCAGACAGCAGAUGCUGAAGGGUGUGUGGGGUGGUGGUAGCCUGCGGGAGGGCAGAUGUGUGUGCCACACAGCCCCAUGCCUUCUAAGCUACUCUGCUGUCCUCAGAUGUGCUGAAGGACAGCAUCAUGCUGCUAGGAUUGAAAGAAAAUAAGAAGAGCCUGCUGGAUCAGGCCAAUGGCCCAUCUAGUCAGUCAUCCUAUUCUCAUGGGAUGGGAAGCAUACAAGAAGAACCUGAACAUAACAGUUCUCUUUCUCUACUGAUAAUUCUCAGCAACUAGUACUCAUAGAGGCAUACUCCCUCUGACAGUGGAGACAGAGUACUGCCAUCCUCCAUGAAUUUCAUAGAAUCAUAAAAUUGUAGAGUUGGAAGGGGACCCUGAGGACAAUCUAGUUUGACCCCUUGCAAUGAUAGAAUAUGCAGCUGUCCCAUACUGGGAUCGAACCUGUGGCACCAUCAGCACCAUGCUCUAACCAACUGAGCUAAAUGGGCAAGAAGCAUCCAGUCCUGUUUUAAAGGCAUUCAAGGUGGUGGACAUCACUGCCUCUUGUGGGAGCACAUUCCAUCAUUUAAGUAUGCACUGCGUGAAGAAGUACCGUAUUUUUCGCUCCAUAAGACGCACCAGACCAUAAGACGCACCUAGUUUUUGGAGGAGGACAACAAGAAAAAAAAAAUCUGAAUCCCAGAAGCCAGAACAGCAAGAGGGAUUGCUGUGCAGCGAAAGCAAGUGAUCCCUCUUGCUGUUCUGGCUUCUGGGAUAGCUGCGCAACCUGCAUUCGUCCCAUAAGACACACACACAUUUCACCUUACUUUUUAGGAGGGGUACUUUUUACUUUUUAGGUAAGAUUCAGCUGCUGCCAGUCCAGACAGCUACUCUGCAAGGAAGUGGCAGAGUGGCAUAUUGUCUGUUGUGCUUCUUUUAAAAUAAUAGUAAUUAUUUCUAAAUUUGCAUCCGUGCAUGUAAAUCAUCAAUGCAUAACUGGCCACUCUAAUUAGCAGUGGUAGCUGCCCAGCUCUCUUUCCCUACUAUAACUUUCUGUCUGCCUGCCUGCUGUUGCAAGAGACAGUAGCGACAAUGGUGUUGGCAACCUGGCCGCCAUUUUGUAACACCCCCCCCCCGGGAAAUGCUCCCACAGUGCCCUGGACCUGUUGUUAUUCUAAGGCUGUGCAUAUUGUGUGUGUGUGGUGGGGAACCAACAACCAAACAAACAAACAAACACAAAUAAAUUAUUUUAAAGUGGGCUUUUUCUGGGGAAGGGUAGAGAGAAAAACAAAACAGAAAUUUUCUCAUUAAAAAAACUUCCUCUGAGAACAUUUGACUCAGCUCUAGUUCCAAUUGAUUUGACAGCUCUCUCAGUGCAAACCUGGCAUUGCCUAACGUCUUCUCCCUUUCCUCCAUACCAGAUAUCUAAUACAUUGGCACUGGAGUAUAGAAAAAUGCCUCAAGCUUGCAGGGCUUUCUCAUGGAGCUCCAUUACAUCUUCAGGAAUUUAGUGGAGGCAGGUGGGAGAGAAAUCUUGACCAGGGCCUCUCUCUGUUAUGUAAGGCAAAGAUGGAGAAUGAAAACUGUGCAGCCACUGAUAGGGCCAGAUCCGGGUGUGAGGGGGCUCUUAGCAAAGUGCUUUCUGAUCGGCCCUCUCUUAUGUCAGUGGGCUUACUUGGUGACAGCAGCAGUGCUCCAAUGGGUUUGCCAUUUACAUUUUCUGCAAGGCCCCAGAGCAACAUUACAUCAGGGCAUUGUGAGAAAUUAAAAUGACUCUAUUCAGCUGCCAGGCACUCAGAUUUGAGCACCAGCUAAAGCAGAGGUCAGCAAACUUUCUCAGCAGGGGACCAGUCCACUGUCCAUCAGACCUUGUGGGGGGCCGGACUGUAUUUUUUUGGGGGGGAAUGAACAAAUUCCUAUGCCCCACAAAUAACCCAGAGAUGCAUUUUAAAUAAAAGCUCACAUUCCACUCAUGUAAAAACACCAGGCAGGCCCCACGAAUAACCCAGAGAUACAUUUUAAAUAAAAGGGCACAUUCUACUCAUGUAAAAACACAUUGAUUCCCGGACUGUCCACAGGCUGGAUUUAGAAGGCGAUUGGGUCAGAUCCAGCCCCCAGGCCUUAGUUUGCCUACCCAUGAGCUAAAGGACAGACAUCAGCAGUGAGACCUUAUGGGGCUGCCUAAGCAGGCCGUUUGCUGGUACCCAUUGUGGCUCCUGGUGCAAGAGCUCUCCUGGGGAUGCAGUGCUUUGUGCAGGAUCACCUCUUGAUCUCCAAAGGUUGUUCCCAAGGGAAUUGACAUUCUGAUGUCUAGCAGCAUAUAGCAUUUGCAGAGUUAAAUCCUAUUUGUUCAAACUGUUCAAAACCUCAGAAAUGCUUAGAAGAGAAUUUAGGCUUUCAGUUGCUGCGCAUGUGUGUUUCCAAAAUUGCACGGGUUAGACAAGAGUCAUGCUGCAGCUUAGCUCGGUCACAGGCAGAUAUUUGAUAGGGAAGCAACUUUAUCUUAGGCAAAACCCGCAAAAGCUCAGAAGAAGAGGAAACCCACCCAGAGUUUCACUGCUGAGAUUCAUUCCCUUUUCCAGAAGUACUGCAAACUUCACCCUUUACUUAAAAGCUAAAGGGCACAGAGUACAGUAAAUUCACUCACAAAGCUGGCCUGAGACUGUGAUUUAGAUACUCCUCUCAGUCUGCAAAGGAACUUGGACAAGAUGCCUGCAUUCCUACCAGCUUACUGCACAGGGUCCCUGCGCCACGCUUUUGAUCCCUGUAACCAGCAGAGAUGUGUACACAAAUGGAAAAUCCAAAUGUUCGUGGGAAGAUCAAAGCAGCCAGUUCUAGUGACACCCCAGAACAGAAAAUUAAUGAGGGCAGUGUCCAUCGAAAUGUGCAAGUUAGGGUGGGUUUUUGGUAAGCAUCAAACCAUAUUGCCCAAAGAGGUCUCACUGUUGAGCAGUAUCUCUCCUUAAUGCUUCUCUAGAGCUGCUUUGGUGAAGUAAUUUAGAGUGUUGAACUAUGACUUUGUAGACCUAUGGUAGGACUAAGAAAGAUACCCAUCUAAAACCUGAAUGCCUUACUAAAGAUUGUGAAUAAGCAGUUCCGUUCUAUAUUUACUCUUAAGUAAGUCUUACUGUGUAUAUUGGGGCUUACUCCCAAGUAUUAAAGCACAUGGCUUACCCCAGAUAAUCUUGGGAACUCUGUUUUACCCUUCACAUAGCUACGAUUCCCAGUACAAAGGUAAAGGUACCCCUGACCGUUAGGUCCAGUCCCAACAACUCUGGGGUUGCAGCGCUCAUCUUGCUUUACUGGCCAAGGGAGCCGCAGACAGCUUCUGGGUCAUGUGGCCAGCAUGACUAAGCCGCGUCUGGCGAACCAGAGCAGUACACGGAAAUGCCGUUUACAAUUCCCAGUAUUACCUGGGAAUAAAUUUCAUUGAGCUAAAUGGGACAUAACUUUCGAGUAGACAUCCAUAGUAUUGUGCUGUAAGUCUCUUUGCACCUUCUUCUGGUGAACCAACAUCAUUCCACCAGAUACACAUGGAAGCUUAAUUCUUUGGUUUAAGGAAGCCAAAUGUGAAUGAAUAUGGUGCUCCCUAGCAAGACUUUGUGCUGAAUUUUGACACCUGCUUAUAUGCACAUUAUCCUAACUCCAUAUUUACAUAUCUCAGCUUUGCAUUAAGUUGCUCCAGGUGGCUAACAGAAUCAAAAUGGCAUAAAGCAAUUUUCAUUGAAUCAGUACGAAGUGAUCGUGGGAAUGAUAAAGAUUUGAUGACAGGAUAGUGGUGUUGACAGUUUUUACAGUAGCUGAUAGAACACAUGAGGGUGCUUUUCCGAACUACAUUACUGUUAUGUGUCUCCUCCGCACAUCUGGGCCUACGGCUGCAAUCCUAACUAUGUCCCCUCAGAAGCAAACCCCAUUAAAUUUGGUAGGUUUUACUCCCAAGUAAUUGGGAUUAGGAUUGCAGCCUUGUUGAAUGUUGUAAGAACACAAAAAGAGCUGUGCUGAAUCAGACCAAAGGCCCAUCAAGUUCAGUGUUUUGUUCUCACAGUAGCCAAGCUGAUGCCUGUGGGAAAAUCCACAAACCCACCCUUGAAUGAAUACAACGCUUGUAAUAAUUUCGACAGAAGAGAGGAUCAGACUGGAGUUCCUGGCUGUGUGUCAUGGAGAGUGAAACCUUCACACAUGCGAGAAGCAUUUUAGACAUCUUCCUGCAUGCUGGUAUAUUGGGAGUCCUGAAGACAGUUCAAGUCAGUGCUGAGAUCUGAGCUGAAGCAGGCAUGUGUGCAUAUUGUGAACACUUCUUGAAAUACCUACUUCCCAAUUUCACCCAAUUUUUAGGGGUGUGUAUGACAAGUUGCAGAAGUGUCCAUUUUUCUGCACCCCAACACCUUCAGCAUUCUUCUCUCAGGUGCCUGGCAUUAUGUGGGUUCUCCAGAUCCUCUUUGAAGGCCCUGUUGAUUGCUGCUUUCACGAUAUUCUCUUCCUGCUGCAUUUCCAACCAGCAUACAAUUAUUCUGAAGGAUUUCUAUUUGCCCAUAGUGAUGGGCAUCACAUAGCCCAGCCAUCUCCAACAGGAUGCUCUCCAGAUGGUAUGGGGCUACAACCCCCAGCAUCCGUGACCAUUGGGGCUGAUGAGAGCUGGAACCCAGCUGUGUCUAGAUAGCACCAGGAUGGGGAAGGCCAACUUAGCGACAUGGUGAUGGCUUGUGUGAUUACAUCAUUGUGGGUAGGAAGAAGGCUGAUGGGAAACUCACACAAAACAGCACUGAACAGCUACAGUAGCAGAGCAUUUCCAGGCCCUCUGAAGCCCCCCACAAACUACAGUUCCCAAGAUUCUUUGGGUGGGGAGAACCAUAUGCAUUAAAUGAAUGCUGUGGAUGUGACCUGGGUCCCUCAACAUGGGUGUCACAUGCAUGCCGGUUUCAGAGUACCGUUUUUAAUCCUUCACUAGGGUAAUAAUUUGGCGCAAGUUAAAACAGGUUGGCUCGAAAUCAGAAGAAAUCAGCUCCUGCUCUGCAGAACAUAAAAGGUAAAACAAUCUCUCUGUUUUAAUAAAGAGCUUUUUGUUCAGCUCUCUCACUCGCUGCUGAUUUGGGCUGCGAGGGAGCUGAGCCGGGGAGCCUAGCUCAGGCUUUCCACGUGGGAAACAAUUUGUCACUGUGUCAGGAAGGCAAAGGCAGGUUCAUGUUUCAGCCGUUUGCAGUGGGUUUGCCAGGCUGGGGACGGGGCAAAGAGCAAAGAGGUAUGGAAAAAUAAUUACCAUGCCUGGUGGGAAGCAUUCAGUGCCGUGUGUUGGGCUAAGCUAGUUGUCAUUCCCCACUGUGGCACUUUUAGAGGUCGAGAGGCAAAGCUGUUGCUGGCCAUCCUCGUGGCGCUUGUUCCUUUCUCUUUGUUUACAUAACAUCUCAAGCUGUGCGCCCAGCACAGCCCCUGGCCAGCUUUCCCUGAAACAUUCUAACCUUGUUAAAGCACAGUAACACUCAGAAGAAGGUAUAACCACACUUUCUAACAUGAGGCAGGAGGUACUUAGGAAUGCAGCUGUCCUGUGUCCAGAAGAGACUCGCCUAGGUGAGCCAGCCCGGUGUGCUUGGUGCUCAACACUCAGAAUAGGCACUCGGAACUGGCACAAGUCUAGGAAGCCACCAAGCAGGAGUUGGGUGACCUGCAGUGGGUGAAUCUGGGUUGUAUGCAGUGAAGUCAUUGAGUUUGUGGAACAAUUUCAAUGCACAAAGGCAUUGACUUUGCUGGAGUCAACCCUCUGGGUAGUGCUCAUCAAGCUCUUUUCAGAAGCUGGAACUUACACAUUGAUGAAAUUGAUGAGGGGGGCCUCGCUGGCUAGCCCCACCUCCAUCACUGUGUGCCCCCACUACCCCCUUCCCUCCCACUCGCUCUGUAUUAAUUUGGCUAGUUACAAACGGGUGGCGCUGUGGUCUAAACCACUGAGCCUAGGUUUUGCUGAUUGGAAGGUCGGGGUGAGCUCCAGUUGCUCGGUCCCUGCUCCUGCCAACCUAGCAGUUCAAAAGCACGUCAAAGUGCAAGUAGAUAAAUAGGUACCACUCCAGCGGGAAGGUAAAUGGCGUUUCCAUGCGCUGCUCUGGUUUCGCCAGAAGUGGCUUUGGCAUGCUGGCCACAUGACCUGGAAAAACUGUCUGCGGACAAACGUCGGCUCCCUCGGCCAGUAAAGCGAGAUGAGCGACACAACCCCAGAGUUGUUCGUAACUGGACUUAACUGUCAUGGGUCCUUUACCUUUACCUUUACCUUUGGAAGCCUUCACACAUGCAGUUAUGCCCAAGCAGUGCUGGCUCUUCUUGGGGGAAUGGAGGGACCCCUCCCACUGAGUCACUGGGCAUUCCUUCUGUUGCAUGUGCAUUGAGGGUUUUAUGUAUUUAUUUGUGUAGCUAAACUAUUUCUAACCUAGUCUUCCAUCCAAAACUAUACCAGAGCUGGCUACGAAGCAGAGUAAAAUACAGAACAUAAAACCACAAAUGCAUUAAAUUCCAGAAACGACCAUAAAUGCCACCAGGAAUUAAAAACACAGUAAAUAACAGCACUCUCCAAAAGCACUGAAGCGGCUUCAUACUUCAAAAUAAUUUCACAGCUAGCAUCCUAAAAAUGCCUUUAGUAAACUGAUGAAUGAAUUUUGAGCUGGCACUGGAAAAAAGCAUGUGUGGAGGUGUUCAUAAUUGGGGUGCCACCACAGUAAAGGAUUCUUCUGCAUCAGAAUCACUGUCCAAGACACUGUCCGAGUAUAUUCCAUGCUAGAUAUACUGUGGAAUGUUUUAACUGAGGAUAGCCUAGUCGGUAGAGCAUGAGACUCUUACUCUCAUGCUCAGGGUCAUGGGUUUGAGCCUCACGUUGGGCAAAUGAUUCCUGCAUUGCAGGGAGUUGGACUAGAUCAGGCUUCCUCAACCUUGGCCCUCCAGAUGUUUUGAGACUACAGUUUCCAUCAUCUGUGACCACUGGUCCUGCUAGCUAGGGAUCAUGGGAGUUGUAGGCCAAAAACAUCUGGAGGGCCAAGUUUGAGGAAGCAUGGGCUAGAUGAUUCUAUGAACUCUAUGAUUUUAUGAUUGUAACUUUCUUUACCAAAGAAGUGAGAGCCAUAGCUUAGUGGCAGAGAAGCUGCCAUGUAAACAGAUGUUCCCAGUUUUGAUCCCUGGCAUCUCCAGGUAAACCUGGAAGAGAAUCCUGCCCAGAAACUUUGCUGUGUGUUAUUCUGCUAUGCUCUGGGGCAGACAGUGUAUUCACCCGUGUGAUUCACAAUUGGAAUAUUCAAAGCAUUUCUAUUAACCAGCAUCCAGCAAAGGGGAGGAAAAAAAGAUUAAAUAAAGAAUUGACCAGGCAGGCCACACUGAAACCCAAAGCGGCUGCUUUUCUUGAAGCUCAGGAUUUGGCUGUUAGUCCAGACAGUACGAAAUGGGAACAGGGCAAGACAUUGCUGGGUAGAGCAGUGAGAGGGAGAGAGCCAGGACUCCUAUUGGGUUUCACAUUGACAUACCUGGCUCCAUUAUGUGAUCAGGGACCCCUUCUUCUAGCUUUUGAUCAUUCCAGGAACUGAAAUGCACCACCUGCAGCCUCCAUUCGCUCUUUGGCUUUCUCUGUCUUGGCUUCUUUUUAUGCACUGGCAAGGGGACUGCUGGCCGAGAUAAGCUUUUUGGCUGCUCCCAAAUUCUGUGGAGUCCCCCCCCCCCCCGCCUGCAUCAUGCCUUUUUAAAAUUAGGAAUCAUAGGCUGCUUUUCCAGUAGAGCCACUUAUCUCUUGACCAGCUUUGCCCAAACACAAAUACCCUUAUCCCCUCCGCACAGGUUGUGAAGGUCUUUGCUUUAGACAACCCAUUGGAAUAUCCUUGGCUUUGCAGCAGAGCUCUUUUUUUUAACAAUAAAAAAACAACAGCCCACAAUCUCCAAGGCCUGUUGCUCAAAUGCUUCCACUGCUGCUCAAUAUUUGCACAUCCUUUCCCCAGCUGCUUUCCUGCUCCUGGCUUCUCACAAACCUUCCACUACCACCGAACAACGGCUGCAGCAUUGGGGGCGGGGAGUUGAGGGCAAUGCUGGUUCCAGGUUUUGUUUGGGAUUCUUUUGGAGCAGGCUUGUGGGCAAUAAGCAGGUCUCCUCCUUGUUCCCCUUCUUGCUGUUGCCCACUCACUCUGCCUCUGGGCCCAGAUCCCCCUGCUGCUUAGGACAAGGGGUGGAGAGCCCUGGGAACUGGAUGGGGCUCUCCAGGACUACCUAUUGGGCCCUUGGGACUGUCCUUGUUCUAUCCCCUUAUUCCCCUUCUUGAAUGCUUUUUUCCUGGCUUGAGUGUGUCCUUGAACUGUGGAGUUGUUUGUUUGUCAGGACUGAGAGAUACCUCUGGUGUAUAUAGAUGCGUGUAGAAACGAAUAUGUUCAGAAACCUCUGGUCUUUUCAUGGCUGGAAGGUAGCCCAUUGCAAAGGUCAGAAUCAUGUCUGAUACACCUCCCAUUUUUGCAUCUGACCCCCACCAUCACCUGCCUGCAGCCUGCCUGCAAGGGAUGUGUCCCUUGGGCUAAAGGAUGGCUGUGUUUCAAGUCCCACAUCUUUUCGAAAGUGCCAAUUGAAUAAAUUGAUCUUCAAACGUGAAUUGGAUUGAGUUUUUCCCCCAUCCCCAUUGUCUAUGCCAUGGGUAGGCAAACUAAGGCCCGGAUCCGGCCCAAUUGCCUUCUAAAUCCGGCCUGCGGACGGUCUGGGAAUCAGCAUGUUUUUACAUGAGUAGAAUGUGUCCUUUUAUUUAAAAUGCAUCUGGGUUAUUUGUGGGGCAUAGGAAUUUGUUCACCCCCCCAAAAUAUAGUCUGGCUCCCUACAAGGUCUGAGGGACGGUGGACCAGCCCCCUGCUGAAAAAGUUUGAUGACCCCUGGUCUAUGCCAACUUGCGGUCCAAGGUUUCAGGAAGGAGUCUCCUAACCUUACCUGGAGACGCUGGGGAUUGAACCUGGACCUUCUGCCUGCCAGGAAAUGUUGUAGCACUGAGCUAUGGUCCUUCCCCAAAUAUAGUAUGGUACAUCUGAGCGGUCAAAUUGAUUUAUUUACUCAUUCAUUCAUAGGUAUCUAUAGCUCACACUUUGUAAUGGGGUCCUAGAUUGGGUUGCAUGUAAAUGGGAGGGAUGUACCAACCUCUUCCCUCAUCCCUGCCAAGGCCUGCUGAAAAAGCUGCAUCUUGACCUUGUCACAGGGAAACUCAUAGGGCCUCCCCUGCAGAUCUUGAUUCUGGGGUAGGUUUGUAUGGGAGGAGGCACUCCUUGAGAUAUUUGGGACCGGUCCUGUCUUCCAGAAUCCCGGCCACUGCAUUCUGCACCAGUCGCAGCUUUCGAACUGUCUUCAAGGGGCAGGCCCAUGUGGAGUGCAUUGCAGUAGUCCAUUCUUGAGGUUAUCUGAGCAUGGAGCACUGCAGCCAAGCUUUCUCUGCCAAGGAAGGCCCAUAGUUUGAGACAGUCGCUCGUAGCCACUGAAGCCACCUGACCCUCAAGCAACAUUAGUUGGCCAAGAAGCAUGCCCAGCCUACUGACCUAAUCUGUCUGGGGGAGCGCCACCUCCAUUCAUAACAGGUUGUCCACUCACUUUGCACACUUGAGAGCCUGCAACACGCAGCACCUCUCUCUUGUCUGUAUUCAGUUUCAUUACACACACACACACACACACACACACACACACACACACUAAUGCUUACUAUAAUCCUGUAGGGAUGGUCAGCAGUAUUACCAUGUGAUUCCCCUCUGGUUAAAAUAAAUUGGUUCUCUCCUCAUUUUUUAAAUAAACAUCUCACUUCUUCUCUUGUUUCUUUUUCUCAAGUUUUGCUUUCUCUAGUUGAGCUUUCGAAAUGACCUGGACCCAGACAGAAUCAGGCUGCUUGCCACCCAGUCAUUGAAGCAAGCUUUGGACAUGGUAGAAUGCAAGAAAUGUUAUGCAUGGCACAGCUGCCCAAAACAAUUUUUGUGGUUAUUGCUGCAUUGCCAAAGGGGGAGAGGGAGAGAAAUAAUAAUAAUUUAAGAAGUGGUAAAAACAGUGCAGGGUUGUUUUUUUUAAGUAGAAAGUGUUCCGUGCAAAUGGCUUUUGUAGAAGCUGAGGUUUUCUCUCACCGUGUGUGAGUCCAAAAUUAAGCUAACCCACAUGACUUUUUGACGGGCUCUGUGGCUCAUCACUCCAUCCCUGGAGUGUCUGGGACAGAGGGGUAAUGGAAGGUGAAGGUGCUGUCCAUGCAGUGAUAUUAUGGCAUCAACAGGAAGUGAAGCUUUUUCUCAUGUCCCUACAGUCCCUGGCUUUCCUUGACAUCCAGUCUGACAAAAAGUUCAGCUGGAUUUGAAAACUUGCUUGCUAUUUUGUGACAUUUCAGUGGGAUUUUAACCUUCAGCCUCAUAUCCCUCUUCCUCUGCUUAGCAGCUGUUUCUCUCUGAGAACAGCUUUAGUUGUAUGACAUGAAGAGGAUUGGCAUAUAUCUGCCCCACACCACUCACAUUAGAGCAGGAUAAGAGUCCUGCUCCUGUUUCUGUUCAGUGAGUCAGCACAGUCCAGUGGUUAGAGUGUCGGACUAGGAAAUGGGAGACCCGGGUUCAAAUCCCCACACACAGCCAUGAGGUUCGCAGGGCGACCUUGGACCACUCCCUGCCUCUCCGUCUAACCUACCUGACAGGGUUGUUGGGCGGAUAAGAAGAGGGGAGAACCAUGCAUAGUGCCCUGCCCUGCUUGGACGGAAAGGCAGCAAACAAAUGAGUAAAUAAAUAUUCCAGGGUGGCGCUGGAGGCUGGGCACAACUCCUUUUGAGGUGCAAGCAGCAAAGCUGCCUUCAUGGUACUUUCUCCAGGGGAUGCCAAAAAUGCCUUUGCCCCUGCAUUCAUUCAUAUUCCUGCAUUUCAGGGGGUUGGACUAGAUGAUCCUCAGAGUCCCCUCCAACUCUAUGAUUCUUUGAAACGUUCAUCCACAGGGUUAAAUCAAUAGGUGAGAGGAAGAAUCUAUAUGGCUUCUGCUAGCUCUGUCCCCCUUCAUCACUGCCCCCUCUACCCUCUGAGAUGGAGGGUGACUGCAGAGGGAGGCUGUUCUUAUGUAGAGUCUUUGCACGAGAUCAAAUCCUGAAAAAUCAGGGUCCCUCCAUGAGUAAACCAGGCUCUCCACAACAGAUGUUCCGAGGGAUGGUGGUGAUGGGGGAAUCUAGACUUCUCUUCCCUGCCUGCAUGUUGAUUUAACCCAGAAGACAAAUGGCCGAAUAGCGCUUUAGUUCAGCUCUGAGGUACUUACACAAAACAGAUGUGGAUGUACUUUGAUGCGGCUUGCAACGGGGGAAACUUCCACAUGUGUUAAUUUGAACAAGGAUGCCUAGAAACAUCGCCACACAAUCCAGACGAUCUGUUGGGCCGUUAUUUUCCUCAUACCAAGAAUCUGGCUCAAAGAGUGUGAAUUUAGGUGAUUGGGGUGGGGGGGGAAAUAACAGAGGGAUAGAAAAGAAACAUGGAGUCAGGAGUAAGAAAGGGCCUCAUGUCAGAGGGGAGCUUGGAGGAAGGCUUUGAACAGAGAGAAAAAUUCUGUGGCACCAAGAUGGUAUUCUGGGAGGAAAUUCCAGGCACGAAGGGCAGCAGGUCUAGUGGAUGGAGCUGUUUAAGAGUUGCUUGCUUCAGGGCAGAACUAGAGUAUAUUCCAGGGUUUUUUAACUGAAGGGGCAGAGAGGAAAGAGACAGGUUUUUGCCGUGUUCUGUGGAGUCAAGUGACAUUAUACAUUUAAAAUUUAUUAUUAUGUUACGUCCCACCUUUCUUCCAAGGAGCUCAAGUGGUGUUCCUGGGUCUCCCCCUCCCCAGUUACAAACAAGUCAGGCCCCUCUGGUCCUAGUUUAACAUUCUAAGCACCACACCUGAUGACCAGUCAGAUCAGAUAUGGGGAAGGAAAGAGAUAGGAAGAAUCAAAGACAGGCGGGAGACUUUUCCUUCAUGGAUGGUGCUAGUAUCAAUAGUAAAUGAGGCCCCAAGGGGGGUGGGGAAAUCUAAUGAUUUGCACUUAAUAUAUAUCAUUUGAACCUUGCAUCGGGUGGCUCUGUGGUUUAAACCACUGAGCCUAGGGCUUGCCGAUCUGAAGGUCAGCGGUUCGAAUCCCCGCGAUGGUGUGAGCUCCCGUUGCUCGGUCCCAGCUCCUGCCAACCCAGAAGUUUUAAAGCACGUCAAAGUGCAAGUAGAUAAAUAGGUACUGCUCCGGCAGGAAGGUACAGUGGUGCCUCGCAAGAUGAAAUUAAUCCGUUCCGCGAAUCUCUUCGUCUAGCGGUUUUUUCGUCUUGCGAAGCAACCCUAUUAGCGGCUUAGUGGAUUAGCACUAUUAGCGGUUUAGCGGCUAUUAAAGGCUUAGCGGCUAAAAGGCUAUUAGCGGCUUAGCGGCUUAGAAAAAGGGGGGGGAGCGAAAAAAAUCGCAAGACUCGCAAGACUUUUUUGUUUUGCGAAGCAAGCCCAUAGGGAAAUUCGUCUUGUGAAGCGCAUCGAAAAACGGAAAACCCUUUCGUCUAGCGGGUUUUUCAUCUUGCGAGGCAUUCGUCUUGCGGGGCACCACUGUAAAUGGCGUUUCCGUGUACUGCUCUGGUUUCGCCAGAGCAUGAGCCAGAAAAACUGCCUGUGGACAAAUGUCAGCUCCCUCGGCCAGUAAAGCAAGAUGAGCACCGCAACCGCAGAGUCGUUUGCGACUGAACUUAAGUGUCAGGGGUCCUUUACCUUUACCUAAAUAAUAGAAGUCACUGUAGACUUAGAGUAUUCUUGAUUACUGGACAAUAUAUUUUGUGAACUUCUUGGUUCUAUAGAGACUUACUCAACACACUGAUUUCAAAGGGACUUAGGUUGCAAUCUUUUAAAAAUUUACAUGGUAAUAAGCCCCAAUAAUAAGUCGCUGGAGCUUACUUUUAGCAGACAUGCAUAGGGCCCUACUGUUGUUUAGGAUCACAGCCUAAGAUAGCACAAUCUUGACUGUGUCCACUCAGAAAUGAGUCCUAUUGAAUGCAAACAUACUUACUCCCAGGUAAGUGGGGUUAAGAUUGCAAUUGUAUACACUAACUUAGAAGUAAACUCUAUUGAAGAAUGGGAUAAGAUGUUUAGGAUUGCAGCUUCAUUCGUAGAGGAAUAAAAACACAGUCCAAGCAUUUAAUUAGCAUUUAAUCUAAGUAUUUAAUUAGCCGACAAGACUUAUUCUUAAGUAAACAUGGGUAGGAUUGGUUUGUGGAUGUAUGUUUUAGUCUUCCUGCUUGUGGUUCAAGAGUCCUGAUAAAUGUCACUGGAUCCGCUAAUGGAUAGGGGGCCAGAUCAUGAAUGUAAGCAACCUUGUCUGAUUCUUUUUGUGUCUGCGAGACCUUAAGACUCCCAAAAAAAUCUUCUUCUUUUUUGCAAAGGCAGUUUUUCUCCUUCUCAAAAAUGGCUUGCCUGAGUAAAGUCUUACUGGUUAGAAUAGUUCAGAUGUGAUUUCCUUAAUUGCUUUUUUGGCAUGUUUUCCUUAGCAUAUAUUUGCAUUUUAAACCCCAUUUGACUAGAAUCUUUUGAUGCUCAGAAGGAACCGGGAUCACCUGACAUCCCCUUGGGGAGCAUUCAGUUCCCAAUGAAUGAAAAAUUGCCAAUUUUCUUAACUGACAGCUGUAUGAAUGGAGGUGUUUGGGUUUGCUUUUUGGCUCAGAGACAAAUUUGUGUCAAACUUUGAAGACUCAUGAAGGAGGAAAGCUUUCUGGUGCAAAGAGAGAAUAUUGUAUGCGUACAAAGAGAGCCUUUAGAUUAACUGUAGGUGCUCAAUACAAAUUCUUAGAAAUGAGGAAAUGGCAUGAAGUGACAAGGUGUAAAAUGAUUAGGAGCAGUGAACAAAAUCUUGUUUAGCUUGCGGUCAUUUGAAGGGUAAUUUUGAAUGCUGUUUUAUGGAUGAUGGGGAAAAUCUGUAGAAUGGGCCACUGUUCAGAGUUAAUAGCCUAGUUGCCUGUGGAGGAUAAAAUUCACCUCUUGGUGACCAGGCAGCGUUUGAACAUUGAGAAAGAUUAGCGGAGCAAAUCUAUGUAUAUUUACUCAGGAGUAGGCACCAUUGUGCUCAGUGAUGCUUAUAUCCCAGUAAAUAUGUUUAGAUUGCAGUCUAAAGAACUGAUCGCUCCCCCUUUUCAGGUGACCAGUGUAGGGAUGGACAAUUUUUUGUUAGUUCUGGUUUCUCUCAGGCUGCGCACACAUUACUAUUUACUUUGGCUUCAGUCUGCUCCCAUCACUAGUGUUGGAAGCUGUAAAGACAUGGUGUUAGCCACAAUCUGUAGGCUACAAUUCUGCAGUUUCUUGAGAAAUGCUCCAGCGUUUUCCAUCUAAAAGCUGCAAUUAAAAGUGAGGCGUGUGCAGUUCAGACAGCCAUUGGAAGUGCACAGAGGACAGCUUCAUUGCAUUUGCUUCACUCCAAAGGAUUCUGGGAGCUUCGUUUGUUAAGGAUGCUGAGAGUUGUUAAAGGUAAAGGUAAAGGGACCGCUGACCAUUAGGUCCAGUCGUGACCGACUCUGGGGUUGCGGCGCUCAUCUCGCUUUAUUGGCCGAGGGAGCCGGCGUACAGCUUCUGGGUCAUGUGGCCAGCAUGACUAAGCCACUUCUGGCGAACCAGAGCAGCACACAGAAACACCAUUUACCUUCCCGCCAGAGUGGUACCUAUUUAUCUACUUGCACUUUGACGUGCUUUCGAACUGCUAGGUUGGCAGGAGCAGGGACCGAGCAACGGGAGCUCACCCCGUCACGGGGAUUUGAACCGCCGACCUUCCAAUCGGCAAGCCCUAGGCUCAGUGGUUUAACCCACAGCGCUUCCCGCGUCCCUCUUGAGAGUUGUUAGGAGACCCUUAUUUCCCUCAUGGAGCUACAGUUCGCAAGAGUUCCCUGGGAAAAGAGGGAUUGAUUGUAAAUGUAAAACCAUUCUGGAAACUGUAGCUCACUGAGGGGAAAGAGGGCAGGGAGGUAUGUCCUAACAACUCUUCAGCACCCUUAAUAAAAGAGCAGAUCCCAGGAUCCUUUGCGGGGAAGCCAUGACUGUUUAAAGUGGUAUGAUACUACUUUAAAUAUAUAGUGCAGAUCAGACCUAGUUUAAGAUCCACGGAAGGUUGCCCAGGCCUGCCAGAUAGGCACCUUACACCCCCAUUUCCAAGCAAAUACAAAGAAAGUUUGCUUUUCUCCAUUAUUUUCCUUUCCAGAAGGGGCUGUCUCCUUUCUCUUGUUCUCUCUCCCCGCUCCUCCUCUGCCCUUGAUGCACAGCUGAUUCCCAUCACUUUACCUUCUGAGACAGGCGGAUGCCAACAAUAACAUUUGGGUGGCAUGGAUAGCUAGUUUCACCCCAUCACUCAACCUGCAGUGCCUUCCAGGAUUUGGGGCCCAUAACUCUUUUGAUGGUAAUGCAUCAUGGGGAGUGGGGGUGCAAUUGUUUUCAAGAUUGCAGCAGGAGGAGUGUUUUAAACCUUCCCUUCCCAACUAUCUCCUCGUGGGGGAAAGCAGAAGCUCCCUUUGACUGCCUUUUGCCAAGGUUGUCACUCUUCUUUCCCCAUUCACAAAUCCUCCCUAGAGCCAGUAAGGAAACCAGCAGGCUUAAGCUGCUGUGCAUUGCAGUGGCCCCUGGUGGAUAUAUCAAAACACCACAUCUUUUUUUUCUUUUUUAGAAUUCAACGCUUAUCCCUCUUAUUAGAAAGCUGGAAAACCGUUUCCCAACCUCAUGGGUUUGCAAGCAAUUUCAGCCAUGAUUUUUGGCCAAAGCCCUUAUUUCCAUAAUGUCAUUAAACUUUGGGAGUCUUUUGGGGACAGUUUGCAGUUAUCCUAAAUAUUAGCAGCUUCUGUGGGGAGCAAUCUGGGUCAUUUCUCCAGAUGCUUCUGUUGUAGCAAAAUUGCAUUCCCCCCCGCCCCCCGCUCUUAGAUAUAAAAAGUUGUUUCUGCUGAAAAUGCAAUCCUCUCCCCCCAAGCUGCGGCUACCAUUGCUAUGUGAAUUGUGGUUUCGUGAGUAUUGCACAAUGCUGUGUUGCACAAUUCUUCGGUAAAUUUAUUUAGCAGGAAGAGCUAAUAAAACAACCCAAAUGAAUUUGUUCACCAUGCUGCGGAACAGUUACAUAAGAACAUAAGAAGAGCCUCCGGGAUCAGGCCAGUGGUCCAUCUACUCCAGCACUUUGUUCUCAGAUGCCUGUAGUUAACCUUCCAAGUUCCAAACGCUACAACCUUUCCUCAUAGGAGAGUAGCUCCAACCCUUGAUCUUUUGGUCGUCCUUUUCUGAACCUUUCCCAACUCUGCAAUUUAGGUAGGUAAAGCCUAGUAGGAUUCAGCUGCUACAUGCAGGCACAUAGCUCAUUCUUGGUCCCACAAACUGGGCCUUAGAAUGGCUAUCUGUCUGUUUCUAUUCCCAAAAGAGCCUGAAAUGCUCGGUUGCUGUCUGUGAGUCCAUUGAGAGCAGCACCCUGGAUAUGCUUCCAUGAAAACCAUCCAAGGUCAUCUAGCAAGAGACUUAGAAGCUUAUCCUGAAUUUGAUCACAGGAGAGCUAUGCCUCUGUGGUGGGGAGAGUGUGAUUCUUGGCCCAGGGGCAUGACCUUAACAAUCGGUAGAGUUGUAUCCUUGAAAGCAAAGAGCUGGGGCCAUCCAAUUUCUCUUUUAUCUCUGUCACAUUUCAUCUCCAGAGCUCUGCUCAUUAUUUGCUUUCUGCUGCUCCAGAUCAGAUAACCUAUCUACUCUUGCCAAGCUGGGCAAGGUGCCCAUCCUUGCAUUGUCCUCACCUCGGUAUGUCUCAAAUUGCUCCCCUUGCUAGCCCUUCUUUUCCCACUGAAAGUUCCUCUUCUCGGAAGGGUCUGAUGCUGAUCCUGUUCCUUGCUUUGGGUUGCUCUGUGGCUUGAUUUACAGCAUGGGGAAGGAUUACCAGCCCAUGGACCAAAUUAGGCCUGCCAGGGUUAAUACGACAUCUGGUGUGGGGCAAGCAAAGUGUGCUCCCAGCUUGUGUUCAGUGCCAUUUAAGUUUGGUGCCAAAUGCAAGCCACAUGGCUUUGGCCAGGGUCAUAUCUGCCUGGCAUCGCACAAUGUUAGCUAAGGGAGGGGAGUGCAAAGGAUGGGUUAAAUCACUGUACUCCCCUCACUAGGGAUCAGGUAACCCAUGCUAGCUAUUUGCCAAAACACCAACAGCCCCCGCACUUAAGAGCACAGCUACGUACGUGACCAACAUUAUGUGCAGUUUGGCUCUGAUACUCAAGAGUGGUAACUUCCUUCCAUAGCAUCUUGAGUAUAGGGCUGACAGUUGGGCUUUUCCUUUUUGUAGUCUUCUUCUGCCCUUCAGAAGCCUACGCAAGAUGCUUGGCUCAAAGGAAGCUGAAAAGACUGCCUGUCCUCAAUAAAUUGUUCCCGGUUUAUAUGCUGAAACAAGGUUUGUCCAGCUGCCAGGACAGCUCUGUGUCUGAAAGGCAGACUGCCGUUUCACAGUGCCUUAUGGAUGUGGAACUGUAACACAGUAUUUCUGCAGCAAUACUACUAAACCACAAAAUUUGGGGGGCGGUGCUGGUGCUGGUGAAAUGCCCUUGCAUUAAGAGUACUUUGUUCAGUAACUUGGAGCUCAACGUGCUGAAAUUUGCAAAGUUGCUGAAAGGACAUGGAGACUUAUGUUGUGUUCCAAAAUGGAUCCAGGCACUGGAUCUGUGUCUGCUUAUUUCCCCCAGCACAGAUCAAAAGCAGAUGAUGGUGGUGGUCUCAAUCCUAAGCACACACUCACCAGGAAGUAAGGCCUGCUGAACUCCAUGGGGCUUCCUUCUGAGUAAAACAUCCUUAGGAUUGUGCUGUUGUUUGUACUUGCACAGUUCACUAUUUCACAUAGCAAGUUGGAAUGCUUACCUUCAAAAUUCUGAUUUGGGAGUUGGGCUGCAGUCCUUAUUCUCCCACUUACCUGGGAGCAAGCCCCAUUGACUUGAAUAGGAUUCACUUCUGAGUAGACGUGGUAAGGAUUGCAGCCUAAAACAGCGCAGAGUGCAGAAAAGGUGAAGGAAGCAUUGCAGAAUCUCAUUGGAUGUUCUCUCUUUCCCCCCAGAAAAUCCUUUAGACUUCUUCCUGGGAUUCUGCAGUCUCGAAACUGAAUGAUGAAGCUGCUAUAUAUUGCCCCUCUCCUCCUCCUUGCCUUUACAGCAUUGGAAGCCCGACCGAAACUCCUAGGUAAGCUGCCAGUCGAAAAGAUAUAUAGACAACAGAUACCAAUUGAAUCAGAGCUGUAUUAAGCAUAGCAAGGAGUAGCCUGUGAAUUCAUUCUCACGAAAGGAACAUAAUAACUUCUGGGUUUUUUGAGGGGGUAUUCUGCGGCAUGUCAUUGAUGUUGGAUUUAUACUGGACCAUGCACACAUGAGAGACCAUGAAGCUCACUGGGUGACCUUGGGCCAGGCACUGCCCCUUAGCCUAACCUACCUCACAGGGUUUUUGUGGGGAUUAAAUGAGGAGGGGGGCAAACCAUGUGCACCACCCAGAGCUCCUUAGAGGAAGAAGGUGGCAUACAAAUGUGAUAAGUAAAUAGUAAAUGUUGCUCCCGUCAGUCUCAGCCAGCAUGGCCAAUAGUCAGGGAUGGUGGGAGCUGGAGUCCAACAAAUACUUGGAGGGCCAGAAGUUUUCUCCACCUUGGUAGAGAAAGUUGUGAAAUGAGAUCUCUCUUAUUUCCCUUCUCCAGGGACGACAAAGUGUAAGACUGGCCCCCUGGACAUUGUCUUUGUGAUUGACAGCUCACGCAGCGUCCGCCCCUUUGAGUUCGAGACCAUGCGGCGCUUCAUGAUUGACAUCAUUCACAACCUGGAUAUCGGGCCCAACGCCACCCGGGUAGGGGUGAUCCAGUAUUCCAGCCAGGUCCAGAACGUCUUCUCCCUCAAGUCCUUCUUCACCCGGGCGGACAUGGAGAAGGCCAUCAACGCCAUUGUCCCCUUGGCUCAAGGCACCAUGACGGGGCUGGCAAUCCAUUAUGCCAUGAACGUGGCCUUUACCACGCAGGAGGGGGCACGGCCGCUGCACAAGAAAAUCCCUCGUGUGGCAGUGAUCGUCACUGAUGGGCGGCCUCAGGACCGUGUGACGGAUGUGGCAGCUCAGGCAAGAGCGGCCGGCAUUGAAAUCUAUGCCGUGGGUGUGCAGCGGGCAGACAUGAACUCCCUCCGGGCCAUGGCUUCUCCCCCACUGGAGGAGCAUGUGUUCUUGGUGGAGUCCUUUGACCUCAUCCAACAGUUCGGCAAGCAAUUCCAGGACAAGCUGUGUGGUGAGUGAUGGCGGCAGUGGCAGGACAGUCAAGCCACCUCCCGUGGCCAUUGUUGACAUUCAAAAGCGAUUCAGUGAGAGAUCAGAACAUGAGGGGAAAGGUGGCAUGUUCCCCCUUUGAGGUUACCAGGAUAGAAGAUAGCUCAAGCGUUGUUCAUGCGUUCUUGCUUCUUAUGUUGCCUGCAACCUGUAAUGGAGGUGGAGAUUGGGUGGAUGUUAACCCCUUGAAUUGAUUCACAGUUUAUCAAAUGCUGGUUCGUCCAUCAGUCUUGGCCGCUCUCUGCGAGUUUUGGACAAUCUGCCUUCCCCUUAAUAUAAAUGUGAAUUUAAAGCAAUUGCGAGGGUUUAUCCCUUCAUCCAUUUUCUUAUUAAGUUUUUAAAACAUGUUGAAGUGUACAUAAUGCUCUGGGGAUUGCUGCAUGUACAAGGGAGCAAGAGACAAAACUGGUUGCGUCACUGGCACCAGCCAAUCAGUGUUGUGCACAGCCAGCUUCUGCUACCAGCCUGUAAUACCAUCCCUCACCCACACUGCAUUGCUUAGCCCGGAGAGAGAUAUGCAUCCAAACUUCCAAAUUGGCCCCACUAACUAAAAACAUUACACUGUCUUCACCCUGGUAUAGCCGUUCUCAUGUGUAAUGUAAGUGAGCGAACCCUUAUUUACCUUGUGCCAUCUUGCAUCUUCCAGGUGUUGAUAUGUGUACAGAACUGGAUCAUGGCUGCCAGCACACUUGUGUCAGUGUCCCAGGCUCCUUCUAUUGUCAGUGUAACCCAGGAUACAAGCUCAAUGCUGAUGGAAAGACGUGCUCCAGUAAGUAAGAUCAGAACGUUCAGUCAGACAGUUAUUAGGGCUGAUGAGAUGGACAGCAGUUCUCCCAGUUCCUAAGCCUAGAUUACAAUGCAACUUGCACAUUGGAUGAAUUUUAUUUUGCAACCGUGUCAUUGCUGAUCUGCCAACGAGUAAUAAGGUUCGACAACGAACCAUCUGCAUAAUGUGGAUGCAUGCUGAACAUGUGCCGAUAUGGAAAAAAUGUGGUGUUCAUUAGCCGACACUGUUUAUUCUGUGUAAGAAUCCCUUGUAAAACAAGCAGUGCUGGGUGGGAAGGAGACUCAGAAAUGGAUCUGUAGAUAAUAGAUUCUACAUAGAUAAUAGAAUUGUAGAGGUGGAGCGGAUCCCAAGGGUCAUCUAAUCCAACCUCCUGAAAUACUGGAAUCACAGCUAAAGAAUCUUUGACAGAUGACCAUCCAACCUCUGUUUAAAAAGCUCCAGUGAAGGAAAGUUCACCACCUUCUAAGGUGGACGGUAGAACAGUUCUUACUGUCAGGAAGUUCUUCCUCAUGUUUAGUUGGAGCCUCCUUUCUUGUAACUUGAAUCCAUUGAUCUGGAUCGUGUCCCUGGAGCAGCAGAAAACAAGCUUGCUCUUAUCUUGCAUGCAACAGCCCUUAAGAUAUUUGAAGAUGGCUAUCAUACCACUCUCAGUCUUCUCCAGGCUACACAUCCCCAACUCCCUCAACUGUUCCUCACAAGGCUUGGAUUCCAGACUCUUUAUCAUCUUGUGCUGGAAACAAAUAAGAGAAACAGCUGUGAUACCUGCAUUGCAGGUUGUGAUGCUGGAUCACUGGACUUCAGCUGGUGGGUCGGGACCCUCAUGGAUCACUGACUGGUCCCAGGCGGGUUGCAACAGCAGCACUACCAACAUGCAAAUAUAUGGUAAAAGACUGAGAAGUGUUUUCCCAAAUGCAUGUUUUGGUUAAAAGUGGGUCCUGAGUCUGAAAAGGUUAAAGAUUCCUGAUGACACUUGGGUUCCCAUCCCACUCUACAAUUUUGUGAUUCUGUGAAAGUGACAAUGUGCCUGUGCCUGUGACCUCUUAUAAGGAUGGGAGAGAAACUGGGUUCAGUUAACAUUUAAGGAGGAACCUACCUAAUCUGCAGUUUCCAAAACAACGUAUAAAUGAAAACACAGCCAUCCUUCAACAUUUGCGCUUCUCUGGAUUUUGCAAUGUAGCUUUCUGGCUAAGCAAUGUGUACAAAAACGCAUAUCCUGGAGUAUAAGGGGAAAUAGCAUACGAAUGUGCAUUGGAUUUGGGUAAAUUGCUUUGCAGAAAUGCAUAUUUUGGGCAAAGUUUGCAUAAGAAAGUGUAUAUACAGUCAUACCUCAUGUUACGGAUGCUUCAGGUUACAUGUCUUCGGGUUGCGGACUGUGGGAAACCCGGAAAUACUGGAACGGGUUACUUCCGGGUUUUGCCGCUCGCGCAUGUGCAGAAGUGCUAAAUCGCUCUUUGUGCAUGCGCAGAAGCGGCGCUUCAGGAUGCGAAUGCUGCAGGUUGCGGACAUGCUUCCAUCAUGGAUCACGUCCGCAACCCGAGGUUCCACUGUGUUAGGAGAAAUCCUAACAAAAAUGCUGAUGAAUUUUCACAAAGACUUCAAAAAUAAAUGAAUUGCAAAACGAAGAAGAAAUGUGGAAGACUGAACUGGAAAAAUGAGAAGCCAAAAACCAACAGGAUCUGCCUACCCCCUAGCUUCUUGUCAACAUGAGUUGCUGUACCUGAUAUCCUCUGAUAGCAGUCCCAGUGCCCAAGUAUGCAAGACUGGACAAGCCUUACCUAUGGCUUUUGUUUGCCCAGUCCAUGACGUGUCCUUUUUUUAAAACCUCUGCAGUCAUCGAUGCCUGUGCUGAUGGGAGACACGGCUGUGAGCAUCAAUGCGUCAGCUCUCUCGGCUCCUACACUUGCCGCUGCCGGACAGGCUAUCAGCUCAACCAAGACAAGAAGACAUGUAGCAGUGAGUAAUCUCCAUCUAAGGGCGUAAGAUGAGUCCUGCUGGAUCAGAUAAGAAACCUCUCUAGAUCUGGAUCUUCUUUCACACAGUGGCUGAUCAGGUUCCCCUGCGAAGCCCACAGGCAGGACUCUCCCCACUGUCACCCCCCAGCAACUGGUAUCAAAAGGCAUGGAACUAGUAUAUUGCCAUCAUGAUAGAUCACGUCACCUCUUACUCUCUUUUUCUCUGAAUGAAAAAGCCCCCGACAUUGUGGUCAUUCCUGAUAGGGGAGUUUCUCCAGCCCCCUGUUAAUUUUGGCUGCCCUUUUCUGCCUCUGUAUUCCAUAAUAUUGGGGAAGGGGUGGUGGGUUGGUAGCUAUUAAAUGGGAACUGGGAUCUUGGAGGAAUGGAGGCAUUUUGCAGGAGGGAAGAGCAAUGGGUCCUGAUCACCUCAAAAUCAUUCCCCACCCCCCUCUAUUUCUUCCAGUGAUCAAUUUCUGCAACUUUGGCAACCACAGCUGCCAGCAUGAUUGUGUGAAUAUCCUCAAUGGGUACUAUUGUCGCUGCCGCGAUGGUUACACCCUGCAGGCUGAUGGCAAGUCAUGCCAGGGUAAGUGUUGCAUUGUGUGGCUGUGGCGGAGAACACCAUAUGCAUUGGUGCGGAGGGGGGAGCAAAAAAGAAAAGCAAACAAGUGCGCUAAAACAUAGAGUGCAACAUCUGGCUAUGAUUCAUUACUAGGUUUGCCAAAUGACUGUUUUGAAAAUGAGUUGGGAUGUCUCAAAAGAAGACACCCAUAGAGUUGGUGGAAGGGACUGUGAUGCACUGGAUUUAUGGGCUGUGACUUCAGUAUAAAACAUGUUCCUUAGAGUGCUGGAGAAUCCUGUUGAUCAACAUAACCAAAGGCAAUAUUGCCUUUCUAAUUUUCCUUAGAACCACAGAAUUAUGGAAUUGGAAGGGACCACAAGGGCCAUUUAGUCCAGCUACCUGCAAUGGAGGAAUUACAACCAAAGAAUCCAUCCAGCCGUUUAAAAAAACCUCCAAUGAAGGAGAGUCAACCACCUUCCAUGCUGGCCUAUUCCCCUUUUGAACAGCUUUUACUGUCAGAAAGUAAAUCCUAAUAUUUAGUUGGAAUUGCCUUUCUUGUCAUUUGAUUCCGUUGGUUCGGGUCCUCCCCCCUGGAGCAGCAGAAAACAUAGUUUAUAGUUUCUUCACCGUAUGGUCCUAAUGGUUCUCCACCUGGUGCAACAUGCUGAACUCCGUAGCUAGAUGAAAUUAUCCCCAUGAUUUGUGUUUCAGCCAGCGACCUCUGCAAUAGCGUAGAGCAUGGAUGUGAAUUUAAGUGUGUCAGCACUGCAGGCUCUUACCACUGUCUUUGCCCAGAGGGUCAGCAGCUCCAGGCAGACAAGAAGACAUGCAACAGUGAGUAUUAGGGAUUUUCCUUGCUAUGGAAUGUUCUUCAUGCAUGACUCCUCUUUGAUACCUGAAACAGAUUCCUAGCCUUGACCUCUCACAUGACACAGAAUAUUUCAAAUAGAUGGCAGGCAGGUGAGUGGCGAUGUCUUGAUCCUGACUGAUCACUAUUCCUGAUAUCUCUUAGAUGGACACACAUUCAGAGAUACUGUUUCUGCUUUUGAAAAUACAACAAAAAGUGUCCCAGUUGGCACAUAACAUAAAUGCAUGAUUGGUUAGAAGGGAUGCAUUAGUUGCUGUGUGUUAUUAGACUGGAUUUGCCGAGUUGGGUGGCAAUGGCCUCAGAGCAGACAGAAUUCCUCCUGUAUCAUGGGAUCUAAGGUUACAACGGAGGAGUUUGUGUAUUAUUUGCAAAAAUAUGUGACAGGAAGCAAAAGACUAAAUAAAAGAAGUGAAUACGAGGUGUUCAGAAUAGUGAGAUCAUUAAAAUACUAAGCAGAAUCCUGAAUCGUGAUGUACUACUAGUUCUUGCAUUGGUACUGUUGUAUUCUUUCUCUCUCUCUCUCUCUCUGACACACACACACACACACACACCACUUCCUAUAUAGAAGGAACACAUAGUACUUGCUUCUCAUAUUUUAACAGCUGCACAAAAAUUAUUUCCCCAAAGAUGGAAAGACAUAGUACUCCCUCGUUGGAAAGAGCAGUUUAUCAAAGUUUAGCAUUUUGCUAUAAAGACAAAAUUAACAUCUUAUCUAAGAGCAAGAGUACCUGAUGAUUAUAGGAACAAAUUCCGGGGGAGCUGGUCUCCUUUCGUACAGUUCUGCCAAGAGAACUGCUACCUUCCGGAACCUCAGGUUGGCUUUAACUUUCUAAAGUUGUGCUUACCAUAAUCUCUUACUGAAAAACAUUGGAUAAAAUGUAGAGACGAACAGUGUUGUGUUUGUAUGAAAUUUGCUUCAUGUUAAUUUUCAAGUUUUUUUUUAAUGAUGUUGUUAAAAGUAACUUUAAAAGGAGUAAUAAUUAUAAUAACAAUAUCUGGGAUGUCAGGUUGUAACCCAAUCUUAGGUCCUAAUUAGGCUGUGGUGUCAGUUGGUAGCAAGAGGGCACUGUUGACCCACAGUUUGUCUGUGUGAUUUGCUGAGGAACCAGAAUGCUGGUGAUGCAAGAGGCAAGGCACAAGAGAUUGCCUACUGAAAAUCAUGUGUGUGAGAGGUACAUUGUAGUUGUCUAGAAACAGUACUGGGAUUGGGUUUCCAAAGGUCUUGUAAAGUGUAGCAAAAGAGCUACAGGAUUGUGAGGGAAUUCUCCAACUGUGUGAAGCUGGGAUCCUCACAGCUUGGAGGUGCCCAGUCUGGACUUUUCAGCAACUCGAGGGUGAUGGCCCAAUAUCCAUCAUAUAUCUCACUUUGCUGCUAUUUCAGAAGACAAGGCUAACGCUCGUCUCCCUUCGCCUCCCCUUUUUUCCUUGGGCUAUAGAGUGUAAAGCUGGGCACAUCGACUUGGUGCUGGUGAUCGAUGGCUCCAAGAGCGUCCGGCCUCAGAACUUUGAGCUGGUGAAGCAGUUUGUGAACCAGAUUGUGGACUUCCUGGACGUGUCCCCUCACGGCACGCGCGUGGGGCUGGUCCAGUACUCGAGCCGAGUGCGCACGGAGUUCCCUCUCAACAAGUACACGACAGUGGCUGAUGUCAAGAAAGCGGUGCAGAGAGUGCAGUACAUGGAGAAGGGCACCAUGACAGGCCUGGCCCUCAAGCACAUGCUGGAGCACAGCUUCUCGGAGGCGGAAGGGGCCCGGCCCCUUUCCCAGAAUGUGCCCAGAGUAGGCCUGGUCUUCACGGACGGCCGUUCUCAAGACGACAUCUCCGAGUGGGCGAGAAGAGCAAAGGAGUCAGGUGAGGGUGCAGCAGGGAUGUGUAAUUGGGAUCUGUCUAUAGGUAUUGCGGAGCUUUUAUUCAUGGGUGAGGAGCUGAAAGGAGGUUGCUUCUGAAUUUCUCCAGUCAGUAAAGCACUUGAUCUCUAACUGUACGCAUUUUGCCAUACAACUCUUUUCUCUAGGUAUGUUCUGACCAUAGAGGUUGGGCUAUGAAUUGCCGCUGUGUCUCAGUGGUAAGACACCUGCUUUGCAUGGAGAAGGUCCCAGGUUCAGUCUCCUUUAUCUCCAGAUAGGGCUGUCUGAAAGGAACCCUGGAAAGCCAGUGCCAGGAGAGAUGUAAGAUUUCUGGAAAUUUUGAAGCUGCUGGAGAUAAUAUCCCCCCCCCCCCAGCUAGCCCCUUAGACGUUGUCACCUGAUGUCCUUGUGAAGCCCGGUGAUUGACAGAUGGGCAGCCCCUCUCCCAUGUGGCAACAUGGUCCAUCAAGGGUAGAGGAGUGUGGGAUCCAUCCAGUUGGCAGGAAAAGAUUCCUGACUCGUGUGCUAGGGAUUAAACCUGGAGUUUCUGCAUGCAGAGAUGAUGUACCACCAAGAGAUGCUCCCUUCUCUAUCCUUCCAGCACCUACAAAUUCUAAUCAGUUUCUUUCAUGAGCUGCCAUGGUUUCCCUGAAAGGAUGCUGGGAAUUGUAGCCAGUUGAGCUUGCUGAGGAUUCUGCUAGAGACCCCUUCAUCACAGAACUACAGUUCUCAGGAUCUCAUGGGGAGAGGGAAUGCUUAUUUAUCUUAAACCGGUUUGAAAGCUGCAGUGCAGACAGGGGCUGAGCCACUCUGUAGGCAGACUGUCUGGGAUGGCAAUGCCUGAAUUCUAAGAGUUUGAGCCAAAUAACUCCUUUGCUCUUGGCACCAGGGUGGCCAGAGGUUUGCUGGAGCAUUCCAGCCAGUUUGUUCUGCCUCUGUGUUUCUGGGCAGUGUCAGGAAUUUGUGGCUAAUUAGCGAAUUCUCUCGUUUCCUCCUGUUAUUGCCAAAAGGAAAAUGCAGAGGAGUGUCAAAUUACAGGGCCUAGAAAAAUUGAGGCGGUUAUGCUGCUUUCUAGUCAGUUGCUGAACUCCCAAGAGAUGAGGAAAAGGGAAGGUACAGCGGCAUUUCUUAUCCCUGGCCAGAAGAGGACAGGCAGCUUAAACCCAGAACAAGAAAUGGAGGAAAAAGAAGUUUUCAUCCUUUGCCAAUGUUAUGCCUGGAAGCUGCAGCUUACUUCUCAUUGAAAGUUGUGUCGUCUUCUGUUUUUCAGUCAUCUGGUUCCAGAUUUUCAAGACUUGUUCUUUUCCCAUAGGUGGAUAAGAGCAUGGUCAUGAUGGGACAGAGCAGGGCAGAUAAAAUUGAACACACAGUAUUAUUUAAUCCUGUGUUCUCCUGUCUAUAACUCUCUCUUCUUGCAUGAUAUCCCACUUCAUUGCCUACAUGACAGGGAUCAGCCAUUUUGUAUCCUGGGACCUCAAGGGAUCCUAAUCUGGACCCAACUAUUGACACAGUCUCAUAGAACUCCCAUGAUUCUCUCCCACUUCAGUUGUUUUCUGUCAUGAACCCUUCCCUCACGUUGUGGGCAGAAGUUUUGGAAGAGCGCUCUGUGGUUGGCACAAGACCUGAGGUUAAAACUACUCUGGGAGAAGAAGGGGAAGGGGGUUAUUAUUUGUCCCAUCCUAAUUAUGACCAGCUUGUGGUGAUGCAGAGGCAGGUUUGUUUACUGGUAGCACUGGUGUUAUAGAACACAUGUCCUAUGGAAACAAGAGAGGCCUCAUCUGUAUUGACUUUCCACCAGCUAUCGAUGAUGCACCUCAUUGCCCAGUCAUCCCCUUGGUCUCUUGACCUGAGUCUCCUGUUUUAAUUGCUGUGUUGCUUUAAUGGAAUUGUUUUAUUGCAUAUUUCAGCGAUGGAUGUUCAUAUUUUAAUGGGAUGGUUUUAUUGUGUAUUUUAAUUAUGGAUCUUUGCGUUUUAAUGUUUGAGCCUUUGGUUUCUGUACUUCUAAACUGUGUAGAAGCCUAGUUUGGCAUUAAGCAGUAUAGAAAUCCACAAAUUAUAGUGAUAAUAAUAGCGACUACUAAUACCUGAGAGACCUACUUCCAUGCAGACCUCACCAACUAUGAAGACUGGUCAGAAAGGCUCUCAUGGCUGCAUCAUCAGCCUAGGCUUGCUAUUCAAAGGAGAGCCUUCUUGGUGGUGGUACCCCAGCUCUGGAACUCCUCCCUCAAUCUCAGAAACGAUUGGUUCUGUCUUCAUGCACUGUGUAUGAAUGGCAUCCCAUAGCACUGGCUAUUGAGAUUCAAACAAAUUGCCUGAGUUCCCAAAAACUGAAACCCUUGUAUCCUAUACAUGUUGCCGGUUCUGCAGGAAUUACCAUGUUUGCGGUCGGAGUCGGCAAAGCUGUUGAAGAGGAACUGAGAGCGAUUGCUUCUGAGCCAGUAGAUCAGCACUUCUCAUACUCUGCAGAUUUCAACACCAUGACGAACAUUGUGGACAAUCUCAAAGUCAACAUCUGUCCUGGUAAGCGAUGGCGGAAUCUAGGCAACAACCUUUACCGCUAUGCUUCUGCCGUCAGAUAUUUGAAUGCCAUGUUCCAGUAAAUCCUGUAAGCAAAUAGGUCAUUCUGCACAUGAUUCUGUGUCUUGCCUCACAUUACAUCACUUUACAGGUCAUUUAACGCUAAAUUUAGUAUCCCCCUAAAAGAAAGGGGGAAGCUGUGUAGAGACAUCCUGAACCUGUGUUCAGUGUGUAUCGUGUGAACAGGUCUAGUAGUUGAGCUGUGGUACAGUUCUUCACUUGUGGUGCUCCACAGGUGUGGAAUCUGUGUGGCCAUGCGCACAACAAUUGAGCACAACAAUUGAGCUGUACAAAUCAACAAGCACACACUUGGUCACAUUAACAAUUCUACACCUGCAGAGGCAGCUUAUAUAUCUGUUCAGUGCAUGUGUGAAUAAGUCUCAUAGCACAGAGACUUGGAGAUGGUAAGGGGUAGACUUUCAAUAAUAAUAAAUAUAAAUAAGGCUUUUCCCUAGCAGAAAGUUAGAGCAUCGUAUGCAGUAUGUCAAUUAAGGUCACAACAGGAUCCUGUGGAAAUUUGAGAAUUGUUCCCCUGACCCCUUUCAGUUCUUCAUUGCAGCCCUUGGGCAAUUUUUUAUCACAGAAAGCUAACUGCAUUUCACAUUUUGGUUGCCUUCACUUAACCAACUUAGCCCAGAGUGCAGGAGUCAGUGGCAAGGUGAUGGUCACAUCAGAUCAAAGGUUUUUUAUGGAAUCAGGGGCCUCUGGUGCUAUUAAGUGUCAAUAGUGCUGAACUGAAUAUGUUUCUAAUAUAUUUUAUGUUAUUUCAGAGGAAGGCAAGGGAGAAACUGAAUUCCGCAACCCGUGUGAAUGUGAGGCCCUGGUUCAGUUCCAGACAAACAGUCUUGCAAUCCUAGAAGACCUCACUGAUAAAAAUAUCCUUUUUGGUAUAACCUUCACGAAAAGUGAAAGCGGGCAGGAACAUUUGUUAUGUUGCCUUUCCCCCCCUUUCUUGGAAGGAUUUAGAUUCUCAUUUUAAGCAUCCCAUUCUCCAGGGUUUCAGAGGGCAAAUUGUACCUAAAAGGGCAGAGUCUUGGGGGAAGUGCUCAGCAGGCGCAACAGAGCUCAUGUGCAAAGUGUCUGCGGGAGUUCAGUGCUCUUGAUGCCGCCUUUGUGACAAGCAAUAACUUCAGGGGUGGGAAUGUGGUCCAGCAGCUAGAAUGGAUGAGUUUGGGUGUGAGGAAAGCCAAGCCCAAAGCCCCAUUCAACAAUGAAGCUUACUUGAUGGCCUAUGCAAGUCAUUGUCACUCAUUCUGAUGAUGUUAGGCUAAAAUCGUGCUCUUGGGGUGGAACUAGGGAUGAGUGAAUCUGUUACUUUCACUUUUCUCAUUUUUAUAACCUUAAAUUCAGGUCUCCGCAUUUUUGCAUCGUUUUGUGGAUUCUUUUUUUAAAAAAGGCAUGAAAAUUUGCCAGCAUUUCUGUGUGAAUUUCUUCCAAUAUAGACACUUUUUUUUUUUUUUGCAAGCAGUUUUCCGCAAGGUAAUGCAUUUCUGCACGCUAUCCUAAUGAGAUUUUGAAUUGUCUUCAGGGUUUAUCCCAAAGCCAGCUGCCUGUGAAGGGAAAAAGCCCCUGCAGGGUGAACAUUCACCCUUGGCCAACCCUGCAGGGUGAACAUGUCAGUGGUGGGUGUGGCACACUUUCACACGCCUGCAUGCACACUCAGGCAGGCAUAUGUACACAGGUACACGGACCCCAUUCUUUAGCUGAGCUGAGAAAGGGAGGGGAGGGGGGUUGUGCCUCUCCAUUCAUCAUAUAAUUAGCUGAUUACCCAGAGAGAAGGGAUACCCAUCAGCACUCUGUGUCUAACCAGUGUUCAAAUCCCCACUUGGCCAUGAAGCUCACUGGGUGACUUUGGUUCAGGCUUGCUGCCUUUCAGCCUAACCUGCCUCACAGGGAGGUUGUGGGGAUUAAAUGAGGAGGGUGAGAUAACCAUGUAAGUGUCAGGGUGUCACUACAUUCCUUUGUCACUCUCUGUGAAUUAUUGAAUAAAUUGCUUGGUUAGAACUUUUAUCGUUUCUCUGCUUCAAGUUCUAACCAAGCAAUUUAUUCAAUAAUUCACAGAGAGUGACGAAGGAAUGUAGUCUUCCCUAAAUAAUGGGAUUGCUCCAAGUAAAGUCCCACCCUCCUACGUCUUUCCUAUUCUACGUCAUCCCUGCAUCAGUUAAUUUGAUCUUUCUGCCUCUGAGCUCUCUGUUCUGCUACCCGCAAUGCACGCCUGGUCCUGGGAGGGGGGUCAGGAAUGCCUUCCAAGGACACUGUCAUCUGUCUCUCCCCUGGUGCUUCUUCUUCCUGCUGUUCCUCUUCCAGUAUUUCCCAGCUUCUGCCCUCUGCAGACUCUGAACUAUGUCCUUCUGCAAACCACUGUUCUAAAUCUAUACUAUCCUCCUGUUCUCGGGGAGGUCCCCACCAUUCCUCAUCAGUCCAGCCCCUGACACUAAGCCAACUUGAGAGUUCCUUCCUUGGAGAAAAAGGUUAGGUAGAAAUGCAGGCAGCAAAUAAAUAAAUAAUAAUUGGGAGACAGAGAAAAAAUUGUUGGCAGUGUGUGUGUGUUUGUGUGUGUGUGUGUGUGUGUGUGUGUGUGUUUGUGUAUCAGGCACCAAACUGGGGGGUUAGUUGCCCCUGCCUUAAGUUGUGAAUGACCGUUUGCACAAUCUUGCAUGUGCUGCUUUCCUUAAUGCAACCACUUGCUCAGAUGACUGCCAGAAUUGACCAGCUGGAAAACCAGGUUGGCAGAAAAUGAUCGGGGCUGAGAGACACCUCACCUUAUGGGCGCAGGACACAUCCUGUUAACUCAUCAUUGGCGUUCCUGUUGUAAAUGGUUGUUGGUUUUCAUAUAACACGAGCCUGAGGGGGGAGCUGAAACUGCUCCCUACUUGCCUAGAUAAAAAAAAAAGAAAAACAAAAAAACUUUUUAAAAAAACAAAGAAACCCUAUGUUGGAACACUUUCCCUCCCUUGGCUUGAAAUGGAUGGUUGGGCUGAGCCAUUUGUUGAAACUGGUUGAGCCGCAACAGGUGGAUGGUUCAGAGAAGACGCAGGAAGUGAAGCAGACAUUAUCUUCAAGAGCGACCGGGGUUAGUUGGCAGCCAAUGAAGUCUUUCUUGGGAGCUUUGCGGAGCACUCAAGAGCCUCAGACAUCAACAUGCCUGGUUGAAAAAAGAAAUCCCCUUCCUUGCUAAAUUUCAUUUUCAUUUUCAUUUUUUUAAAAAAGCCUUGCUUAUGGAGGGAGAGACAUUGGCAGCUUCUCACAUUUCCAAGCUGAAGACCGUGCUGUUUUCUCCCUUGUUAUCCUCCACUGUGAAAAGCAGCGCCAGCAGCUCCUUUGUCUACAGCUUUCUGCUUCAGUUGCACACAAAUACCUGCUUUUCAAAAAAAAAGGAAAUAUUAUUUUAAAAUAUGUAAGUUAGAAUAAGAUGCUCCAACCCCCCCCCCCACCAAACUGGGGCAUCUCUGAUUGGAAUACUCUGCUCCCACCCCACAACUUGACUUUGAGAGUAUUGAUGGAGAAUUUGUUGUUUUCCCUCCUCUUUAAAAAAAAAG